UACAUUCAAAAAUAUUAUAGGAUUUAUGCUGCUAACUCACUGGUGUCUCAAUUAACUACGGAUAAUGACAAAGUAUAUUUAAAUUUGCCAGUGAUGAUUUGUGCUAGGGUUUCUUAAAAUUUUAUUUGUUUGUUUAUUAUUCAGUAAUAUUAAAUUAAUAAUCUUUGCUUAUAUUCAUAUAAAAUUAUUUUAAAGACGCAUUUAAAUAACCUAAUAUAUAAAAUGGCCGAUAAACUUGUUGAGAAUUUAGAGGAAGAUAAUUCUGUUACGAUGCUUGAUGUUCUUCAAGAAGAGAGUCAACUGGAAGAAAAUGCUUAUGCAGUUUUAGGUGCAUCCGAUGAUAGAAAUUGUACUUAUAACAAGGGAUAUAUCAGACAGGCAUUAUAUGCUUGUAAAACAUGCUGCUCGAACAAGAAUGUACGUGCAGGUGUUUGUCUUGCAUGCAGUUUUCAUUGCCACGAAGGACAUGAACUGGUUGAAUUGUAUACUAAAAGAAAUUUUAGAUGCGAUUGUGGAAAUUCUAAAUUUGGAAACAAGGAAUGCAAUUUAGAAAAGUGUAAAAAUGCAACAAAUGUCGAAAACAUGUAUAAUCAAAAUUUUGAUGGUGUUUAUUGUACUUGUGCAAGACCAUAUCCGGAUCCUGAAAAUGAAAACAAUGACGAAAUGUUACAAUGUGUAAUAUGUGAAGAUUGGUAUCAUUCAAAGCAUCUUGAAUGCAAAGAUGUACCAGGGGAUGAUGCAUACGCAGAAAUGAUAUGUGCUGCUUGUAUGGAUAAGCAUGAUUUCCUUUGGAAAUAUGCUGCAAAAUAUUCAACAAUGUACAAUUCUUCUACUGCAUCUUGCAAAAAUGGGGAGAAAAUAUUGAACGUAGAAACCCUUCCAAAUGAAUGUACAAUGCCUCAACAAAAUUUGUCAGAUAUAAAAAAAGGUAGUUGUUUUUGGUUAGAGGGAUGGAGAAGUUCUUUGUGUAAUUGUGAAUCAUGUAAAAAGAUAUAUACAGAACAGGGUAUAUUAUUUUUAUUGGAUCCGAAAGAUAGUGUGCAGGCUUAUGAAGAAGCAGGUAAAAUAACUAAGCAUGAAUCUCAAUAUGAAAAAGGUAUGAAAGCUCUAGCAUCUUUGGAUCAUGUACAACAGUUAACUGCAAUUGAAGAAUACAACAAUUUGAAAGAAAGACUUAAAGAAUAUUUACAAAAAUUUGCGGAAAAUAAAAAAGUUGUUCGAGAGGAAGAUAUUAAAGAAUUUUUUUCAGAAAUGGAAUCAAAAAAACGUCCAAAAGUUGUAGUACCAACAUAUUGUCGUUAAAAUGAAUAAUUUUUCAUUUUAACGAUUAAAUCAACAAGAUUUUUCAUUUCUUUAAUUAAACGU